GUUGGUACAAUACAACAACAACCUCCUCCUGGCUGCCUCCCAAAUUCAAGCCGGCAUCAAUCUUUGAUUCGACGAGGGAAACGGCGAUGGCGAGGCUGACAACAUGGUGGAAAUGGUCGCGAACUUUCCAUGCGUCAUCGAUUUGUUCCUUCCCAUCGCUACCAUGACUCUGGGUUCGCUUCUUUCGUACUCCGUACCAAGUUCGCUCUUUGCCCCAACAUCCUUGACCCGAACAGUCCAUCACUUGUACAAUUACCCCAGUCUUCAUUCUUUAGAAAAGGCAGGUUUAUGGUCUCUCACUUUCAACGACAGCAUUCUUCUCGUUCACUAAACAAUUUUUAUCUACUGUUAUGAGGACUUCGGUGACUCUUCCAACGACACUCAUUCUUCCAAAACUCGCUGACACACCCACACACCCCAUCUUUCGCCACCAGGCAGCAACUUCGACCUCAGUCGGCUCGGAUUUGAGCCGAUGCCGCAUAUCUGCCGGCUCCUCAAACACUCACGCACAGACAUUGAAAGCGGUUGCUCAGAGUUUCAUUGUGCUGUUGAUCGCCUUAUUGACCUGGAGACCCUUCUUAAAGUCUUCGAAGCGGAUUCCCUACCUAGAAACCUUUGACUACAAUUUGUCUUCUCAGAGCACGCCUCAACAUGAAGAGAGGAACCGAUGACACGCUUGUGGCGGCCGGCGAGGGCCUGCAAGGCGAAGACGCUGUGCCUGCAAACACCACAGCUGCUGAAAAUGAAUCCUCAUCGCUGAGAGUAUCUCCUUCGCCGAGUGACGGCCUAAGUACUUCCGAAAAGUUACCACAGGAAGCAAAUGGCACCACCACUAGCCCUCCGUUCGACGAAGUCCCUGUCGAGCGCCCUGAGAAACCCGAGUUGACGAGGCAAGAAUCUCGAGCAGACAAAUUUUCAAAGUCGAGAAUCGUUAUCAUUAUGUUCUCUCUUUGCAUGGCUCUAUUUCUAGCUGCUUUGGACGUCACCAUCAUCACAACUGCUUUACCAACCAUUGCCGAACACUUUCACGCCUCAACAUCAGGCUACACCUGGGUUGGUAGUGCAUAUCUCCUAGCCAAUGCCGCCAGCGUCCCACUUUGGGGCAAGCUUUCUGACAUAUGGGGUCGGAAACCCAUGAUCUUCUUAGCCAACAUCAUCUUCAUGGCUGGCAGUCUUAUCGCGGGCAUCAGCAAUUCCAUUGGACUACUCAUUGGAGGGCGAGUCAUCCAGGGCAUUGGAGGUGGUGGUCUAGUCAUCCUGGUCAACAUCUGUAUCGCCGAUUUGUUCAGCAUGAGAGAUCGUCCAAAGUACUACGGCAUAGUAGGCAUGGUCUGGGCAAUUGCCUCAGGCGUUGGGCCCGUUAUUGGAGGUGUUUUUACUGAAAGGGUCUCCUGGCGUUGGUGUUUCUACAUCAACUUGCCCUUGGACGGUGUCUCGCUGGUCCUUCUCACAUUCUUCCUCAAGCUCGAGACCCCGAGGACUCCUUUCUGGGCAGGUAUCAAAUCCAUCGAUUGGGUCGGAGUACUCGCUAUUGUUGGUGGAGUGGUAAUGUUCCUGUUCGGCAUGGAGUCGGGGGGUACCGAGCGUCCGUGGAACAGCGCGUAUACCCUCUGCCUGAUCAUCUUUGGAGUGCUUACUAUCGUGCUCUUCUUCAUCAACGAGUGGAAGUUCGCCAAAUACCCGGUCAUUCCGCUGCGACUGUUCAAUGAUACGUCCAACUUGGCCUCUUUGGGAGUCUGCUUCAUUCAUGGGUUCGUCUUCAUCGCUUCGAGCUACUAUCUUCCCAUCUACUUCCAAACGGUCCUUGGCGCAACACCUAUUCUCAGCGGCGUGUACCUAUUUGCAUUAGUCCUCAGUUUGUCAUUCAUGUCGGCGGCGGCUGGCAUUUUCAUCAAGAAGACAGGUCGAUACCGAGAACCGAUUUGGUUUGGUCUGUUCAUGAUGACUCUUGGCUAUGGCCUCUUCAUCGAUCUGGAACCCCGGGCAAAUUGGGCCAAAAUCAUCAUCUUUCAGAUAAUAGCUGGCAUAGGAGUCGGACCGAAUUUCCAAAGUCCUCUGAUUGCUUUACAGAGCCAUGUCAAGGGUCACGAUAUUGCCGUGGCUACCGCCACUUUUGGAUUCAUCCGUAAUUUGUCGACUUCAAUCUCUGUUGUUCUGGGUGGCGUGGUCUUCAGCAACGAGCUGUCAAAGCAGAAGGGCAAACUUGAGGAUGCCCUUGGCCCGAAACUGGCUGCGCAGUUGACCGCCUCGAGCUUCGGAGCGACCGCCGAUGUGGUUCGACGUCUGACUGCCACCAAGCAGACCGCGGUCCAUGAAGCCUACACCUCAAGUCUGCAGAAAAUGUGGAUCUUCUACACAGCUUUUGCGGCAUUCGGGAUAUUUAUCAGCUUGUUCAUCACGAAGAAGACGCUGAGCAAGGUGCACCAGCAGGCCAAGACGGGUCUUGCAGAGCAAGAGCGCGUGAGACAGGAGGAAAUCGCGGAAAGGCAGGCUAGACGGGGCACUGCUGAUGCAGAAAAGGGAGGACAGUAGGGAGUCUCUACCAUUCUUGGGUCGUGUAAGAAGGGUAAAAGCAUGGCGCAUCGACGGGACAGAAAUAUCAUGUGAGCGAUUCAGGCGGGAGUUUUUGGGACAGUACAGGACAACCCUAGGCACUUGUGUCCAGUCGAGUGUUAUCCUUACUCAACAUCAUAUGCAUUGAUCAAUAAACAAGUCUUCUCCGUUUACGAA